UAAUAUACAAUUUAAAAACAAAGAAUAAACACAAAUUUACAAACGUAUUUAAAGGAUUGUAAAGUCGCGUGCAAUACAUUCAUUUAAAAGUAUAUACAUAUUUCAUACAUUUUAUUUAAAAAGAACUUUUUACCAAACUAAAAACAAAAUGAGGGAAUGUAUUUCCGUACACAUUGGCCAGGCUGGCGUACAAAUUGGUAAUGCCUGUUGGGAACUCUACUGUUUGGAACAUGGCAUCCAGCCUGAUGGACAAAUGCCAUCUGAUAAGACAAUUGGUGGUGGUGAUGAUUCAUUUAAUACUUUCUUUAGUGAAACUGGAGCCGGUAAACAUGUUCCACGUGCGGUCUUCGUUGAUUUGGAACCAACUGUGGUUGACGAGGUACGUACCGGUACUUAUCGCCAACUUUUCCAUCCUGAACAAUUGAUCACUGGCAAGGAAGAUGCCGCAAAUAAUUACGCUCGUGGUCAUUAUACUAUUGGUAAGGAAAUUGUGGAUUUAGUGCUUGACCGGAUUCGCAAGCUUGCCGACCAAUGUACCGGAUUACAAGGUUUUCUUGUGUUCCAUUCAUUUGGCGGUGGUACUGGAAGUGGAUUUACUUCCUUACUCAUGGAACGUCUCUCUGUUGACUAUGGAAAGAAGUCGAAAUUGGAAUUUUCUAUUUAUCCUGCUCCCCAGGUAUCAACUGCUGUCGUUGAGCCAUACAAUUCAAUCUUGACUACCCACACAACACUUGAGCAUUCGGAUUGCGCUUUUAUGGUAGACAAUGAAGCGAUCUAUGACAUCUGUCGUCGCAACUUGGAUAUUGAGCGUCCCACGUACACAAACUUGAAUCGCUUAAUUGGACAAAUAGUGUCAUCGAUUACAGCAUCGUUGCGCUUCGAUGGCGCUCUCAAUGUCGACUUGACAGAGUUCCAGACAAACUUGGUGCCAUAUCCACGUAUUCAUUUCCCAUUGGCUACGUAUGCUCCAGUUAUUUCGGCUGAAAAAGCCUAUCACGAACAAUUGACGGUGGCUGAAAUAACAAAUGCGUGCUUCGAACCAGCCAAUCAGAUGGUUAAGUGUGAUCCCCGUCAUGGAAAGUACAUGGCGUGCUGCAUGUUGUAUCGUGGUGAUGUUGUGCCAAAGGACGUGAAUGCAGCCAUUGCUACCAUCAAAACUAAACGUUCGAUUCAGUUUGUCGACUGGUGUCCUACUGGCUUCAAGGUUGGCAUUAAUUACCAACCACCAACUGUUGUGCCAGGUGGUGAUUUAGCUAAAGUACAAAGGGCCGUCUGCAUGUUGUCCAACACUACGGCCAUUGCAGAAGCAUGGGCCCGUUUGGAUCAUAAAUUCGAUUUGAUGUAUGCAAAACGUGCUUUUGUACAUUGGUAUGUUGGUGAAGGCAUGGAGGAGGGAGAAUUUUCCGAAGCCCGGGAAGAUUUGGCUGCGUUGGAAAAGGAUUACGAAGAAGUUGGCAUCGACUCGGCCGAAGGUGAAGUUGGCGAAGGUGACGAAUACUAAACAUGUUGUGAUCAUAUGAACUAUUCAUGUAUAUGAGUACAUACAUAUGCAUAUACAUGUUAAUAUGUUUGAUUAAUUGGAAAAAUUGAAAUUGGAACUGAUAUGAAUACGCCUGGAUUACGAACAAAACUAGUUUUAAAUAAAAUUAACAUACCAAACAAACACGCACCUUAAACAAGUUUCCGUUUGCUAUCGUGUCUGCAAUUUUCUCAAACGUUUUUUAUUAACCAGAAUUUACAAAUAAACUUUUUACUUGUAAGAUUUUUUACAAAUUACACUUAAA